AAUGGAAAAAUUGUACUUUAAUGCUCUUGUGUUCAUUUCUGACUCUGUACAAUAACCAUGCAUUCUGUACUUGUUGAUUAGACCCAGAACUGAACAUUAUUAGACAAACAAUCUAUCUUCCUCUCAAGGUUCUGUCGCACAUUAAGUGCUGACAUCUAAUGUUGUGUUUGACUGACCGAUUGUUUAUGGCUUGUGUCUGCCUUUUGCCCCUGGUCUCUGGCUCCUUUCUAUCUGAUGCCCCACCAGACCCAAGGCUGUAGACCUUGUGUAUUCCCUGUGUAAUGUAAACAUCUUCACCCACAGUGUGAUAGGAAGAUUCCACCAGGUCCCGGGAGAGAGGUUAAAAGGCAGAGACAACCUCAGAACGGGGUGAUCUUUGCAUUAUACCUCCGUGGUGUAUGUUCUGAUCUCCCCAGCUGGCUUUUUAUUUGCUUUCCUCAUUACUUGUUAUUUUCUUUAUUAUUUCAAUAAAUCGCACAAAAGGACAACUCUCUCUCAUCUGCCUUUAUUGCAAAAUUUCCACCACAGAAAUUGGCGUCACGAACAGGAUCCCGCGGCAGGUCGUCUGGACGGCGUGAUCAGGGACGGCGGUCCUGAGGACUAGGUUCGCUCAGCCUCCGAACCUCUACAGCUGUUCUGAGUGGGAGGACUGCUCACCCGUCUGGAUCGCCUCUGACGAGAUCCAACGAACUCAAAAUCCAACCUCUACUCUGCCCGGUGAGAGAGAUUCCGUUUUGUUGCGACUUAUUGAGGGAAAAAAAAAAAAGAAAACGGGUUCGAAAUUGGUUUCAUUACUUGGCUCUGAUCAUUUGGUUUAGGGAAAGUAAGGCAAAUAACAAUUAAUUAUAAAACAUCCUCAACUAGACUUUAACAACGACAAAAGAAAAUAUAAUAAUUAGGACCAAACAAAUUAAAAAAAAAAAAAAAAAUAAAUAAAUAAAUAAAUAAAUAAAAAAUUUAAUAUUCGGGUAAAAAAAAAAAAAAAAUUAAUUAGGUCAAAGUGUGCCCUGGUGGUCGAGACGGUGGUUGCUAAGGGUUGGCUCGUGGAACCGAGCUUCCGUCUGUACUGAGGAUACAGACAUGUUUUUCUGAUCUGUGCGUGGUCCACACGUGGGGGACUGAGUAUAAAAGACGGCUUCUGAAAGAGGGAGUGCGUUUGCAGAGUGAAGUGUUUUCAAGAGACGAGGGCCCCGGGCCUAGAGGGGCCUAACGUUGAGGAAGUACUUCGUGAAAGACUCUGUCGCCAGAUCGGGUUGGUUCCCUUUUUACGGAGACGUCCGAUAAAAAGGCAUUUUGGGAAGGUUCCGGCCGGAACACAUAAAAAUCUAAGGCAGAAAACCGCCGGGACUCUGAAAGAUGGGUUCGGGGCAAUCUAAGUCUCCACCACCAGACUGCAGCAUUACAAAAUUAAUGAGACGUAAAUAUGGUGAUGAGUGCGUGUCAUGUCUUCACGACUGGACAAAACUUUAUGGGUUUCAAGAGGGUGGUUCACUCAGUGUGAAGGACAUACGCGCUUUAAAAGAAAAAUUAGAAGAAAAGGAGAAACAGCUCCGUAAAAGCAAAACAAUUAAAGUUAAAACUUUAGAGGAAAUUGAAUUAAAUAAUAGAUGCCUUGAAAUUUGGGUUAAAGAAUCCGAACGCGGGGAAAGAUUAAAAUGCCAAAAAGAACUAGGAGGGAGAAAGGAUGAGAGUGGUGACGUAGCUGGCAGAAAAGAUAACAACUCUGUGGAAGCUUGCACACCGCCACCAUACACACACACACACACACAACAUGAUGAGAAACAGAGCGCUCCCACUGUUUCUGCUUUGUAUCCUUUUGCAGAGCUGAGCGCGGUCAAGGUGAAUCCCGACCUGGACUCCUUCUACGUCAGCAGGAGGGCCGGGCAGGGUGGACAGCAGGACCAACAGCCUGACCAACAGCAACAGCCUGGCCAACCUCUGUUAUCAGGAACUGCAACAUCGGCUGCAGAGCAGUCAGAGCAUGUGGAGGACAGCGUAAAUGCCACACCAACUCCUGGAACGGUGGCACGGAUGUUCUGGGACGAUUCACCUGUCGGCUUCAUUCCUACAUCAUCCACUGCCACAGGCUCUGCCCAUGCACCAACUGCCACUACGAGUGCUGCCUCUGCAACUACCAGCGUUCGUACCCUGAGGAGCAACACACCAGUAGCCCCAGAAAUCAGCUUGCCCAUGGUGGAAGUGGCCGGCCCUGAAGGAAGCAUGUUAGUGCACAGACCGUGGACUAGCGCUGACAUAGCUGACUUUGCUCAAAAUCUCCCAGACAUCACUGUAUCAGGAAAGACAUUCGGUGCCAACCUUCUGGCUUUCUGCCAGGAGUACAGACCCACUGGAGCUGAGAUCCGUCGCAUCCUGGCCAAGCGUCUUUCAGCCUGUGAAUAUCAAAAACUGACUGGACAAUUGCCUGAUGUGACACUUGCUCUCAAACACAAAGACUGGACAAACAACUUAAAUGAUGGAUUCGUUACCGCAGUGAGGACGCUUGUUGCCCACCUCGAAACUGCGUUCCCUGAUAAAGUCUGUAUGAUUAAAGUCACCACAUGCAAACAACAACCAGAGGAAUCAGUUGAUGACUUUGUUCACCGCCUCACCACCGCAUACAACACACACGGAGGAGCUCACCCUCCCCCGGAAGGAGUGGGAGGACUUAUUCUGUUCCACAUACGAGAGUCACCUGUGUGAACUGGUGAUGAAAGGCUUACUCCCUGAAGUUUUUGACGCCGUGAAGCAGUCAUACAUCGGAUGGAAAGAAGAAGCGCGUCUGUCUGACCUCACAAGACACGCACGCCAUGCUUAUGACACUCUUCAGCAAAGAAAGAUGGCGAAGAAGGAAAAACAACAGAGCGAACUGUAUCUGCCAUCCUUGGAGAUGUUCUCUGCAAUGCAUAACAACGGCAGAGGCAUGGGAGGCAGGCCCCGCGGGCGCGGGAGGGGGAGAGACCCCAGACGGGACUGGCCCAACAGAGACGUCAGAGCCACAUUUGGAAAUCCAGGGAAUAUUUGCCAUUAUUGCGGCGAACCAGGACACUGGAAGAAGAACUGCCCUUUGCUACGCCAGCACCCACCCUCCCGGGCACUCUCGUCAGACUGACUAGAGGAGGAGCCCAGCGAAGGUUUCCGUUCACAUGAUGACGUAGACGGUGAAAGCGGCUCUGCCCAAACAGGCGACAGAACCACUGCACAUUAUUCAACCAGGAGACUGGGUGAUCAUUAAGGAGCUUCGCAGGAAGCACUGGAACUCAAAGCGGUGGCAAGGUCCCUUCCAAGUCCUUCUGACGACCAACACGGCUGUGAAGAUCGCAGAAAGAGCGACUUGGAUCCACUCCAGCCACUGCAGGAAGGUCCCGGAUCCGACAGACGACCCUCCAUCUCCAUCUACACCACACGAGAAAGCCACCACUGACGAAAAGAACUGAGAAGGACGACCCUCGCUGUGCUCACACACGCACUGAGGCGAGGCUGCGUUGACCGUUCAGCUGAAGGUGCGAGCCAAGCGCCGCCUGAAGCUGCGCCGGUGAAUCACACUAUCAGACCAUACAUCUACACACACGUUCCUGAGAAAACACACACACGAGCAGCCUUGAGUUGCCGACGCUGGACGACGUGUAGACUCUUCACAUCACGGGAGUGACAGUGACUCAGACGACAUUGGGAGGAAACCUGGCGGUGAUAACGAACCCCAAGUGUCUCUGUGAUCAGCUGAUCACAACCUGAAGAACCCCAACGAACUGUCAAGGUGUCAACAAACAGGUUGGAAACAAUCUAACGCUACUAUUCAACAGGAAGAAGAAGACACUGAUUGUGACCCUGUUGCUUUGAUCCUUAUUGUAUGUUACUUUAAUAUUUGCUCUAAAUUGUGUGGUUGAUUUACAUGUAUGCCUCUCUGUGAUUUUAUCCACUAUUUUUGAACGAAAACAUUUUACGAUAAACAUAUCUAGAGUUGUUUUCUACUUGAUUCGCACUUUCACAUAAAUUUUUAUCUUCCACUGACGCAAAAUGACAUCUACCAGACGAAGCAAGAUAAAAAUGAUUGUCAUAUCAACCAUUGCGGUGACAUGUGUAACCCUCCUGUAUCUCUGGAGGACUCACACAUUUGUUCAUUAUAGAUCCAAGCGCGAUAUUAAGGACCCUAAAGCCUGGCAGCUUGCCCAAAACUAUGUAAAUCAGAACCCCACAGGAAACUUAUGGUUAGCGUACCUCAAGUACACAUCUAAAACCCUCACAAACAAUUCAUGCGUCGCAUGUGCUGUAGCCAGACCCGAUCUCAUGGCUGUGCCCACUCCCUUUAACAGCAGUGAGUGUUACACCGAGCGACAACUGCAAAAUAAAGACACCGGGUGUAGAUACACUGCGGACCCCAGCACUCCGAGAUGUGAUCCGGCUUGCAAAAUGCGCGCCUUGCACAAUCUAG